AUGACGAUCAAUGAGAAUAACAAUAAUGAGGGAAGUAUGGCUGCGUUAGACCGUUAUGUUGCCCCGGGUUUGCGACUUUGGAUGCUUAUCGCUUUGGUAUCGGGAAUAUUGCUAAUUAUGGUAGUGAUCGUUUGUUGCUUCAUGCGAAUUCGAAUACCCCGCACGAAGCGACAAAUUGAUUUAAUUGCUGCAAGGAGGAAAAUUCGAAAAUCGAUUUUAUCUGCUGAGCAUUCACCAGACGAAAAAGCACAACCAAUCGUAAUGAAUACGGCGAAACAGCCGGUUCAUCAUAAAGGAGGUAAUCGUCGAGAACACGAAGAUAAUGCCGCUGAAUCUAUACCUCCUGUGCAUAAGGUUUCAACACAUGCUACUACUGCAGUUUAA